AUUUCUGUUAGUUGUGUAGUUGAGAGUCAGCGGCGUCCACCACGCUCACUCACAUAUUUGCAUUCUUGAUCGGUACGCCGAUAAAGAGAAUAUUUAUUUUUCCGGCCAUUGAUACACCUUUUUUAGAAUUCGAGGCACCCUGCAAUGAGAUGAGUAAGGCUACAGAAGAAUUUGACUUGAUUGAUAGGACUUCGUCAAAUUGUUCUACAAUUGCAACACCCAACAGCAAAGUCAGAUUUCGGUAUCAUGAGAAACGAUAUUGGCUUUCAGAUGCGUGGUCCAGAGCAUAUGUUUUUCGACUUUUUACAUGUUUUUAUGCAAUUUUUAUUGUGAUAGCGGGAAUUGUCAUAGAGCUUUCAAAUAUUAUUGCUGCUGAAGAAAACACUGGAAAAAUUAGUAUCAAAGACUUGGUACUUGGAACAUGGCUCCUUGGCGGUUCAAUUCUUUUCAUUGCAUACUGUUCUUACCUAGUCCAUGAUAUGCAUUUCACAAUAAAACGUCAGAGAAUUAGCCUACGAAAUAGUGGGAUCAGUGCAACAGAACCAGAAGUUCUUGCGAAUACUUCUACUGGAAGUUUGUAUUUACGAUUGGGAUGUGUCGUGUUUGGAAUAAUUGGUGUUGUUUAUUACCUUUUAAUUUUCGUAAUCUGUUUGCUUGGGUGGAGUUCAAACGAAGGAGAAUGCAGUGUCAUAUCUGAUGUUCUGAAUGUUAUGGCUGCUGUUUUCAUCUUUGUACAAAUGUGGUUCGUCUACUGUAACGGAAAGAUAAUUUUCACUGGCGAUGGAAACUUGGCGAGAUUUGGCCUAAUGCAUCUCACUGGAACAAAUUUGUGGAUGUGGUUGAGAUAUAUUCUCUAUGAAGAAGUAGAGACUGUCAAAGAAAUUAGACAUGUUCAACACGCUAAUUUAUCUAAAGCAUCUGCUCAUCAUCAUGAGGUUCACGAAGAAGCUUGCAAAGGAGUUCUUUGUAUUUUCAACGGGUACAAUGAAUUUAUGUACACCUGCGUGGUGGAAUAUUCCUUGAUUUGUGCCGGUGUUGCAUUUGUUUUCUGGGCUAAUCUUGAACGUCUCAAACGAGAACAGAUGGAAAAGAAGAUGAAAAAACGUAGCAUUUUGAAAAUUGACUGUUCUAGAACUGCAGAAGGUCUGUUUGCCGGAUUCGCUUGUAUUAUUGUGACUAUCAUUGCAAUAGCUCUUUUUAAUGCAUAUUCUUCCGAUAAGAAUGUAGCGCAAUGGAUCUUCUCAUGCACCAACAUGUCCUUCUUCCUUGUUUCUACUUUCUUGGUCGUUUUUGCUUUCUGGAGAAUGCGAUAUUUGAAGUUUUUGAUGGAAGAUGAUGACGAAGAAGAUGACAAUGCAGAACUGCUUGAUCGAAUUCUUCUAGUUGUUGGAUUGAUUGGAGAACUCAUAUUCUCUAUUGGUGGAAUCCUAUCAUUUAUCAACAACAUGACCAUCGGCCUCCCACUUAUCAUAUUCACUACUAACGUCUUGAGAUUGAUUCAAGUAACAUUCCAAAGUUGCCUGCUUAUGGUUGCUUCUAGAUUAAGAAUUGAAGAAUCUAAUCAGCAUAUGCUACGAUACAAACCAGGAAAACAGGUUAUUACCAUGCUGCUCAUGAUGAAUUGUGCUCAAUUUAUGAUGAACGUGUUUGAAGCUCAAAAAGCUGGAAUUAAUGAUGAGAUGAUACACAUGUACGGGUCGUACUACUGGGCAAUCGUUGUCCGAGGAUGCUCUCCACUCACUAUUUUCUACAGAUUUCACAGUUCUGCAUGUUUUGCUGAAAUCUGGAAGAAAACGUUCCGACCACCAAAGAAACCAAAGGAGAUUGAAAAUGAACACACUCCAUUGUGAAUUUAGUUUUUUUUUUUGAGUUUUGAAUUCUAUGCCAUUAUUUGUCAGUUUCACUUAAAUAAAUUAUUUUUGAAU